UCUCCGCCUAUUUCCUCUUCGUUCCUGUGAUCGCUGCGGAGCAAUGGUGCGAAUGGAGAUUCUUUUUCUGCUCUUGUCGGCGUUUGUCUUCAGUUCUUCCUCAGUUGAAGCAGGGUUUAUUGGUGUGAAUUAUGGCCGGGUCGCCGACAACCUACCGCCGCCGGAGAACGUCGUCGCGCUUCUCAAGACUAUUGGCGUCACCAACGUCAAGCUCUACGACGCUGACCCCUCCGUGCUACGCGCGCUCGCCGGUUCUGGCAUCGAGGCCGUGGUCACUGUCCCUAACGAGCUGCUCGCCACCGCUGCCACCCGACGCAACUUCGCUCUCGCCUGGGUCCAGCGCAACGUCGCACCCUACUACCCUUCCACCCUCGUGAAGUUUGUUGCCGUCGGGAACGAGGUCUUUGCGGACCCGAAUAAUCUCACUGAUUUCCUCGUCCCGGCUAUGCGCAACUUUCACGCUGCGCUCGCCCAGCUCGGUCUUGACGGCGUCGUCAAGGUCUCGUCUCCGAUCGCACUCACUGCUCUUCAGACUUCGUACCCGCCCUCCUCCGGCGCCUUCCGGCCUGACCUCGCUGAGCCGGUGAUGCGGCCGAUGCUCGAGCUCCUGCACCAGACCGGAUCUUAUAUGAUGGUGAACGCCUACCCCUUCUUCGCAUACGAGGACAACACCGAUGCCAUUUCCCUCGAUUACGCCCUCUUCCAGCCCAAUUCCGGCGUCGUUGAUGCAGGCAGCAAUCUCCGCUACUACAGCCUCCUCGACGCCCAAAUCGAUGCCGUAUUCGCCGCAAUGUCCGCCCUCAGCUACGACGACAUCAAGAUCGUCUUAUCGGAGACUGGGUGGCCGUCCAAGGGCGACAAAAAGGAGACCGGUGCUGGCCUAGCCAACGCAGCCGCCUACAAUGGUAACUUGGUAAGGCGCAUCCUCUCUGGCAACGCAGGCACGCCAAUGAGGCCCCAAGCCGACCUCGACGUCUACCUCUUCGCGCUGUUCAACGAAAACCAAAAGCCCGGCCCGGAGUCCGAGAGGAAUUACGGGCUGUUCUAUCCAGAUGAGCAGAAGGUGUACGACAUCGCGUUCGCGCUCGGCGGCGACCCCCGCGGCCGCGGGAGGUGGAAUGAGAACAGGGGCCGGGCUAUCUCCCCGGCGCCGAGCACGGAGCGCGUGAGCUCGACCGGAGCGACCUGGUGCGUGGCGAACAAGAUGGCCGGGGCGGUGAAGCUUCAAGCGGCACUCGACUACGCCUGCGGCGAGGGCGGAGCGGACUGCCGCGCGAUCCAGCCGGGCGCCGCCUGCUUCCAUCCCAACACGCUGGAGGCGCACGCUUCGUACGCCUUCAACAGUUACUACCAGACGCAGGGGCGUGCCUCGGGCACGUGCGACUUUAAUGGGGCCUCCUUGGUGGUGUACCAACCGCCCGAAACGGGGACGUGCUUGCUACAGCACCGAGUUUGAGCGGCCGACGAGAAGACAUGGAGUACGCUCGGAGCUGAUCGGCCUUGGACUGGCGUUUACUUAGGCUGACCGUUAAUUAGUAUUUAUUUUAUUAAAAUUUAAGUCAUGCUAAUGUUAGAUUUUUCAGGUAUAAAAAUUUUAGUUUUUUUUUAAUUUAAAUGUAGUUGUAUGGUUGAAGAACACAUGGGAACUGUUGUUAACUUAAUCAAAGUGGAUUUGGUGAAAUGAUGAAAAGCCG